GACUCAUCCAUCUCUCUCUUGUAGAGCAUGUCUUUUUUGGUUGCAACUGGUCCUCUCUCAAACGACUGAAACUCAUAUUCAUAAAAUAAAAAUUCUCCUAACAAAAAUAGAGGAGGGAAUACAUUAAAUAAAUAAAUAAAUAAAUAUGCAAAUAGAGGUUAAAGCCUAGAGAUGAGUGCAAAAUCUCUCCCCCUAUUUUAAUCACAUGCACUUUUCUUUCCCAUAAUAAUUACUUAAAAGCAUCCUAUUGGCAAAAACAAAAGAUAGGAGUUCCAAUUAAACAGGAAUAUUCUGGUCUGCUGAGCUGAGAGUGAUAUGGUGCAUAGUUAGCUAAGGGAGGUAAAAAAAAGUGGGUUUUGUCUUGAAUUUUCAAUUUUGUUUGAUGAGCUUUGAAGAUGUCAGGUGGUGGAUGCAGCAUAGUUUGGUUCAGGAGAGAUCUGAGAGUGGAAGAUAAUCCAGCACUAGCAGCUGGUGUGAGAGCAGGAGCUGUUGUUGCUGUGUACAUAUGGGCACCUGAAGAAGAGGGUCACUACUACCCUGGGAGAGUCUCCAGAUGGUGGCUUAAGCAGAGUUUGGCUUAUCUUGAUUCUUCUCUGAGGAGCCUUGGUACUUGUCUCAUCACAAAGAGAUCCACUGAUAGUGUCUCUUCUCUUCUAGAGGUUGUCAAAUCCACUGGUGCUACCCAGCUCUUCUUCAAUCACUUGUAUGAUCCUCUGUCACUUGUUAGGGAUCACCGGGCAAAGCAAGUUUUAACUGCUCAUGGAGUGGCUGUGCGUUCCUUCAAUGCUGAUUUGCUUUAUGAACCCUGGGAUGUGAAUGAUGCUGAAGGUCGACCUUUCACAACCUUUGCAGCUUUCUGGGAGAGAUGCCUUAGCAUGCCAUAUGACCCAGAGGCUCCUCUUCUUCCACCUAAGAGGAUAAUUUCAGGUGAUGUAUCUAGGUGCCCUUCAGACACAUUGAUCUUUGAAGAUGAAUCAGAGAAGGGAAGCAAUGCACUUCUUGCACGCGCGUGGUCACCUGGAUGGAGCAACGCUGAUAGGGCGCUGACCACAUUCAUUAAUGGACCUUUAAUUGAGUACUCUAAGAAUCGAAGGAAGGCAGAUAGUGCUACAACCUCAUUCCUUUCACCUCACUUGCACUUUGGGGAGGUGAGUGUGAGAAAAGUCUUCCAUCUUGUCCGCAUCAAACAGGUCCUAUGGGCCAAUGAAGGGAACAAGGCUGGCGAGGAGAGUGUGAACUUGUUUCUCAAAUCAAUAGGUCUUAGGGAAUAUUCAAGAUACUUGAGCUUUAACCAUCCUUACAGUCAUGAAAAGCCUCUGCUUGGGCAUCUUAAGUUUUUCCCUUGGGUCGUGAAUGAGGGCUAUUUCAAGGCAUGGAGACAGGGUAGAACUGGCUAUCCACUGGUUGAUGCUGGAAUGAGAGAGUUGUGGGCCACUGGCUGGCUACAUGAUCGGAUACGAGUAGUAGUUUCCAGCUUCUUUGUAAAGGUGCUACAGCUUCCUUGGAGAUGGGGAAUGAAGUAUUUUUGGGAUACCCUACUGGAUGCAGAUUUAGAGAGUGAUGCUCUUGGUUGGCAAUAUAUAUCUGGUACUCUCCCUGAUGGCCGUGAGUUUGACCGCAUAGAUAAUCCACAGUUUGAGGGUUAUAAAUUUGACCCAGAUGGAGAGUAUGUUCGGCGCUGGCUUCCUGAACUUGCAAGACUUCCAACUGAAUGGAUACACCACCCAUGGGAUGCUCCAGAAUCUGUACUUCAAGCUGCUGGAAUUGAGCUUGGAUCAAAUUACCCUCUCCCUACUGUAGGGAUAAAUGCUGCAAAAGCCAGGUUGGAACAGGCACUUUCAGAAAUGUGGCAGCUAGAAGCAGCUUCAAGAGCAGCAAUUGAGAAUGGGACCGAGGAAGGCCUUGGAGAUUCAACUGAAUCAGCACCAAUUGCCUUUCCUCAAGACAUACACAUGGAAGAAAACCCUGAACCAGUAAGGAACAACCCUCCAAACACAACUCGGCGAUAUGAAGAUCAGAUGGUCCCUAGUAUGACUUCUUCUCUCUUAAGAGUUGAGGAGGAAGAAACUUCUUCAGAUCUUAGAAAUUUAGCAGAAGAUAGCAGAGCAGAAGUCCCAAGAAAUGUAAAUAUAAAUCAAGAACCACGACAAGAUACAUUAAACCAAGGGAUUGUGCACACAGUUCGCACCAAUAACACUUUGCCACAGUUUAAUGUUGCAAUGGUGGUUGGAAAUGCUGAAGAUUCCACAGCAGAAUCUUCAAGCAGCAGUAGAAGAGAGAGGGAUGGAGGAGUAGUGCCAGUUUGGUCGCCUCCAUCUUCUAGUUAUUCGGAGCAGUUCAUAGGUGAAGAAAAUGGCAUUGGUGCAAGUUCAUCUUACCUGCAGAGGCACCCUCAGUCUCACCAAAUAAUGAAUUGGAGGCGACUUUCUCAAACAGGGUGAUACAUUCCCAAGGACUGGGAGCAUGGGGUUGAAGAAUCCGAUGUUGAAUCUUUGUGAGCCAAUGGGAUGAUAAAUCAACAUCUUACAUGUAUCUAUAUCUAUCCCGUGCUCUUGUUACCAAUCUAACCUGGUCAGCAGUUAAAUGUCGUGUGUGUAUGAAACAUGAUUGAUACAGGCAGCUGAUCAUCUACCAUCUUUUUCCCUUGUACCAUAUUCACAGUUUCUGUAUAGUAUUUUGUUGUUUCUCAUAAGGGAAGAGUCAUGUUAGCAAUGGAUAGUCCUUGAAUAAACCAAGGUUUGUGCUUCUGCAUUUAAUUGAGGCAGAUGUUUUAACGUAAUUCAUAUUUGCUCUCUCUCCCCUCUUGUACAUCUGCAAAUUUGUUUGAUCGUUCUUUUCUGGACUUGAAUUAUUAUAUAUUGUUAGGACACUAAAUUCAUUAAGCUUCC